AUUCUGACCAAACACAGCAAGCUGCAAAUCUUUUCUGGGUUUCUCCAACGGAAGAAAUCAGAGUUGCAAGGAAAAGUGAGCAAUACGGAAAAAGAAAAUGAAAAAAUAAAGGAGGGAAAAACAAACAUGCUAUUCUAUAGUCUAUAAUUAAUAAAGUUAAUAACUUUUUCACAUUCAACCAACAAACAAAAAGGGGGAAGAUAGAAAAGUGAGAAAUUUCAUCCUUUGGAUUCUCAUUCUCUCUCUCUUUCUCACACUUUGAUCUCACGCCUACAAGCUCAUUUCCCCAUUUUGUUCAACUGGGUAUUUGAAUUCAAGCUAAUUAAUUUCUGGGGUUACUUCACUUUUCUUGUUUUAGCUCCAGUGUAAUUUUUCUGGGUUGUUUUUGCAGCAACAAAUCCAGAGAUUUCUGGGUUAAUCUCCUUAUUUCUCUCCCCAUUUUGGUGGAUUAGGUAAAACAAAAUUGGUUGGUUUUAGUUUAUGUGAUGUGGGUUAGGUUUAAUUUGGUUUUUUGUUUAUGGUAGAGAUUCUUUUGGUGUUUUCUGGGCUUAUAAAAGUGUAAAGUUCACCACAAAGUGUAUGUAAAAUAGUAGAAAAAGUUAUCUUUUUUUCUUCUUCUGUGUGAUGGGAUGUUUUUGAAGGUUUUGUAUGUGUAAAUUUAAUUGGGGUUUUUUGGGUGAAUUUGUGUAAAAAUUCCACCUUUUGUUGUAGGGAAUUUAACCCUAAAAAGUCUAGAUUCUUCCCCCUGGCUGAAUAGCUAGGAGGGAGGUCUCACAUUUGCCUAUUGUGGAGAUCUGGGAAUUGUUCCGAGCCUUAUGUCCAAUGAGGACAAUAUUUAAUUCUGAAUCUUGUAAAGAAACACUUCAUCUCAAUGUACUAAAUCCACAGUCAUGGCUUCAAGUUGAGAGAGGGAAAUUUUCUAAGGUAGCUGCAGCUCAAGCAUCUUCCUCAAUAGGAUCACUUGUCAAGGUUCCUGAACCGCCAAUUGUCGCGCACUUUAAGCCUCUUGAUUAUGUACAAGUUUUAGCUCAAAUUCAUGAAGAGCUCGAAUCGUGUCCGUUGAAUGAGAGGUCAAGUUUGUAUUUGCUACAGUUUCAGGUGUUUAGGGGAUUAGGAGAGGUUAAAUUGAUGCGUAGAAGUCUUCGGACUGCGUGGCUUAAGGCUAGUAGUGUCCAUGAGAAGAUUAUAUUUGGGGCAUGGUUGAAGUAUGAGAAAAAAGGAGAGGACUUUGUCUUUGACUUACUUGGUUCUUGUAGUAAAUGUGCUAGAGAAACCGGGCCAAUUGAUGUUGCAUCUGAACUUCAAAUUAACAGCACCAGUUCACGGUCCUCCGAGGAAGCAUCCAUCAGUGGGAAUGAAAGUGAUGACAGUGUUGUUUUUCGGAUUGGGAAUGAGAGAGUAAAUUGUGACAGACAAAAAAUGGCUAAUCUUUCAUCUCCAUUUUGUGCUAUGUUGAAUGGUUGCUUUACUGAAUCAUACUGUGAAGAAAUAGAUUUCUCUGAAAACAAUAUAUCAGUUAACGGUAUGAGAGAAAUCAGUGACUUUAGUAAGACUGGAUGUUUGAAUGAAGUUUCCCCGGAUUUACUUGUAGAGAUGUUGAUAUUUGCUAACAAGUUCUGCUGUGAAAGCUUGAAAGAUACAUGUGAUAGGAAACUCGCUUCACUUGUUUCCACCAGGCAAGAUGCAGUUGAUCUUCUAGAGUGUGCAAUUGAGGAGAAUUCUCCAAUUCUAGCAGCCUCUUGUUUGCAGGUUUUUCUGCACGAUCUUCCCGAUUGUUUAAAUGAUGAUAGGGUUGUGGAAAUUUUAGGCAAUGCAAAUGGGGAACAACUGUCUAUUGUAGUUGGACAAGCCUCAUUCUCACUCUUCAGUUUAUUGAGUGAAGUUUCCAUGAGCCUUGAUGCUAGUUCUGACAUAACUGUGUUAUUCUUGGAACGUUUGGUGCAAUCUGCGAAGAAUAAUAGACAAAAGAUGUUAGCUUUUCAUCAACUAGGUUGCGCGAGGCUUCUACGGAAAGAAUAUGAUGAAGCUGAAGAGCUUUUCCAGAAAGCCGUAAAAGAAGGACAUACAUACUCAAUUGCUGGUUUGGCUAGAAUAAGUUACAAUAAGGGUAAAAAAAGUUGGGCUUUUGAGAAGCUUAAUUCUUUAGUUUUAUCUUCAACUCCUUUGGGAUGGAUGUACCAAGAAAGAUCCCUUUAUUAUGAAGGAGAUAAAAGGUGGGAUGACCUUGAAAAAGCAACGGAUUUAGACCCAACACUUACUUAUCCGUACAUGUAUAGGGCUGCAUCUUUGAUGAGGAAACAAGAGGCUGAAGCUGCAAUUGGUGAAAUAAACCGUGUUCUUGGUUUUAAACUAGCUUUAGAGUGUUUGGAGCUCAGAUUUUGCUUCUAUUUAGCCCUAGAAAAUUAUGAAGCAGCUUUUUGUGAUGUUCAGGCUAUUCUCACUCUUUCUCCUGGAUAUAGAAUGUUUGAGGGCCGUGUUGCAGCAACCAAACUUCGUAUGUUGGUGCGUGAGCAUGUCGAGAAUUGGACUACUGCAGACUGUUGGUUGAAGUUAUAUGAUCGGUGGUCUUCAGUUGAUGAUAUUGGAUCUUUAUCUGUAAUUUACCAGAUGCUUGAAUCUGAUGCAGCUAAAGGUGUCCUGUACUUCAGACAAUCAUUACUUCUCCUUAGGUUAAAUUGUCCAGAAGCAGCAAUGAGAAGUUUGCAGUUAGCUCGUCAACAUGCAUCAAGUGAAGAUGAGCGUCUGGUUUAUGAAGGCUGGAUACUGUAUGAUACUGGCCACUGUGAGGAAGGGCUUCGCAAGGCGGAAGAGUCUAUAAAACUCAAGAGAUCAUUUGAGGCUUUCUUCUUGAAAGCUUAUGCUUUGGCUGACUCUAGUCAAGAUCCGACAUGCUCUUCGGCUGUUAUUACACUUCUUGAAGAUGCCCUGAAAUGCCCUUCAGAUAGGCUGCGAAAAGGUCAGGCUCUGAACAAUCUAGGGAGCGUCUAUGUAGACUGUGGGAAAUACGACUUAGCAGCUGAUUGCUAUGUUAACGCUCUUAAGAUCCGACAUACUCGAGCUCAUCAAGGCCUUGCACGGGUUCAAUAUCUAAGAAAUGAGAAGACUGCUGCAUAUGAAGAAAUGACAAAGCUGAUUGAAAAGGCGCAGAACAAUGCAUCUGCAUAUGAAAAGAGGUCAGAGUAUUGUGAUCGGGACUUGACCAAGGCUGACCUGGAAAUGGUUACCAGAUUAGAUCCACUUCGAGUAUAUCCUUACCGUUAUCGAGCUGCAGUUUUGAUGGACAGCCACAAGGAGAAGGAAGCCAUUGAAGAACUCUCAAGGGCGAUUUCAUUCAAAGCCGAUGUACACCUUCUUCACCUACGAGCAGCUUUCCAUGAACACAUCGGUGAUGUCAUGGGCGCACUUCGGGAUUGCAGAGCCGCACUUUCUGUUGAUCCGAACCAUCAAGAGAUGCUGGAGCUUCACAGUAGGGUGAACAGCCAUGAGCCCUGAUCAUUCAUUCAGAUUAUGGAUGCAUUUUGUCAUACAAGAAUGAAAAAAGGAUUAUUAAUGCACCAAUUUGCAUGCUCAUUUCUUGUAAAUUCGAUCCCGAGUUAUAUAUCAUGUAUUCUAAUGAGGUGUUAUUAUUUUUCUCACCUCAAGUUUUGUAACCUUUUUAUGUUCAGUGUAGUGUAUUUAAAGUUACAGUGAACAGAAAAAUGAAGAAAUCUUAUGAAGUAGCUUCUACAAGAA